GAGGUUCAGUCGCUUCAAAGAGCUCGAAUCGUGCGGACAUCGGCCAAGACAAGAGUGCUCCGGACCAAAAACGUUCUCAAGAGAGUCAGACCCUCGUCGCGCUGCGAGUGAUCGCCCAGGCUGUUUGACCAAAAGCAACCCAACUGGGACACAUUGUGAUACCAAAGUGGGCGAAUCGUCGCCAGACAGCAACAAAAACAAGCCUUAACUCGGGCGUCUGGCCAACAGCUGUUUUCGUGCGCGCUCUCUUGCCACUUUCCCGUUCUCUCGCGCUCCCGCUCCCACUCUCCGCAUUCAGCAACGCGCCCGCUCUCUGAGACCCGCUGACAACGCCAGCAGCGGCCGGGCAGAGGCCAGCAGCCACACAGCGUUUCUCGGUCGCCGCUCAGAUCCCGUUUUUUCUUCGAGUGGACGAGACGUCGUUCGGCAGUUCUAUCGCUUGUCGCUCACUAGAACUAACAAGUUUCCUACUCCGCGACCCACUCCCGCGAGAACAGAACGAAUGAGAAGCGCGGCGGAGACACGGAGCAACGGUCAAGGAGGAAGCAACGGUUAAGCCAGCGAAACGGGCAAAAAGACUGAAACACACGUGGAUUGUUCACUCACCCCAGACUCUCACCCACACUCACCCAGCAGCUGCAACUGUUCGCUGCAUUUAUGUAAAACCAAACAAAGACUGAUUAAAACGCUAAUAUACAAUAACGUAACGAAACAAAGUUAAACACGCGAACAGCAGUUAAAUAUAUACGGGUCAAAGCGAAUUCCAAAGCAAACACAUAUGGAUUAAGGUUCCUCCUAUCUCAAAACAAAAACAAAUACAGCAAAAGCACACAGCCACACAGCCACACCACACACACUCACUCACACUCACGGAUUACCUGCAGCGGCAAUUUACCGUUAGCCGCUCUUUUUGGAUUACCAGUGCCAAUAAAACCACAAAAGUGAAUUUUUUCGAAAGUGAAGAAAGCGAGAAAACGCCCGCAAAAUGCAAAAAAUCUGAAAAGCAAAGUAAAGCAACCAAAAGCGCAUUCUGUGUUACCGAAACGAGAGCAAAAGCUACAACAGCCCCAACCCAGCAAUGACGAUGGCCGCCUGCUACGCCAACUACGACAUGUCGUCCCUGUCGCACGGCAUGUCGGCCCUGUCCGCCCUGCAGCAGCAACAGCAGCAGCAGCACGGCCAGUCGCAGCAGCAGCACGGCCAGGCGCAGCAGCAGCACCAGCAGCAGCAGCAGCAGCAGCAGCACAUGUACCACGCCGCGGUGGCCGCGCACCAGCAACAGUUGCUGCAGCAGCAGCAGCAACACCACCGCCAGCAACAACUCCACCAGCCCGCCAACAAGAGCAGCAGCUCGCAGCGCCACAGCCACGCGGCGGCGGCCCAAACGCAGGUCGCCGCCGCCGUUGCCAACAGCAGACAACAACAACAGCAGCAGCAGCAACAGCAGCAGCAGCAACAACAGACCGCCAGCAGCAGCAGCAGCAACACCGCGCCCGCCGCGUCGCCGCAGAAGGACUACAGCAUCCCGCUGCACGUGGACUGCAGCGUGGAGUACGAGCUGCCCAACCAGCCCAAGCCGCCGGCGGGCCAGCGCGUGGAGCCGCUGCUGAUGAUCCACCCGUGCUACUUCCGCAAGAUGGAGUCCCAGCGGCGCAGUCCUUUCGUGAACAACAUGCACGCGACCGCUCGGGCGGUCAGCAGCAGUUCACUGAGCAGCGGGGCCGCCCUGGGCGGGGGCGGAAGCGGUACGGCGGUUGCCUCGGCGCCCAGCAGCAGUGCCGCCCGGAGAGGAGCUCGGGCGGCAGCCACCAGCGCCCAGCAGCAGCAGCAGCAGCAACAGCAGCAGCAGCAGCAGCAGCGCUACCAACAACAGCAGCAACAACUGCGGCAGCAGCACCAGCAAAUGUCGCAGAUGUCGCAACAGGCUCACUACCCCCAACAACAGCCUCAAUACAACCAACAACAAUCUAGUCUGGAACGCCGACGACAACAGCAACAGAGCAAGGAAUACAUGAUUGCAAAUCGCCCUCAACAACAGCAACAGCAACAACAGCUUCACUGCCUGCCUCUGGAUCAGCUGGCUGCUGCGCUGGCCGCCCGCACCGCCCUCACUCCCCACCACAUGCUGCACCCCCACAACCACUACGCGGCCAAGGGGAGCGGGGGAGGGGCUGGGGGCGGCAAGCGGGACGCCAUGAUCUCGGGCAGCAACUACGGACAGACGGCGGUCGCCGGGGGCAAGCUGCAGCAGUCGCAGGUGCAGCAGCAGCAGCAACAGCAGCAGCAGCAACACUGCCUGCCCCCUCCGCCCUGGGACGCGGCGUCCAUGCUGAUGGACCGCUCGCCGAUGGCCACAGUUCCUAGCAAUUAUCAGGCCGGCCCUGACACCAAUCCCAUGCGCCUCUACUCGGCCACGCCCACCUCCGGAGCGGCCACGGGCGGGUCGGCGUCGGUGGGCGCAGGUGGUGGGGGCGGGGCAGUGAGCAGUGCGGGGGCGACGGGGGCGGUGAACACGGCCACGGACAAGCUGAGCGGAAAGUACCGCCAGUACUUGCGGUCCCAGCGGAUGCAUCCCUAUGCGGCGGCCGCCUCGCUCAACCUGGCAGCCGCCGCUGCCGCCGGACAGACCUCAUUCGUGCCGUUCAGCUCGGCGGCCACUGCGGUGGCGGCCACGCCCACAUUCCAGCACCUGCCGCAGAUCUCCUGCUACAACGUGUGAUGCAGCAGCAGCAACAAGGACAACGGCAACAUCGCAGCAGCAACAGGAGCAACAGGCAACUUGCAACACAUGAGACAGGCGCCUACCAAGUACGCGUCGAUGAAAUAGCCGCCUCAAGGAAUAACCAAUAGA